GUAAGCCGCCAGAUUCUGAUUGAAAAUUGAAAUUCAAACUAAGAGCUUUUUCCAACUGACACGUAGCGGUUAAAGUUAUCUUUCCACCCCUUCCAGUUCCAACACCCAACCCAACCAGGCUGAACAAGAUAACACUGUUAACUUUACUUGACCCUUUUUACAUAGUAAUCUGUUCUCUCCUCUCACACAUUCACAACAACAAAAAUAAAAAAAAUGGCAAAAGCUAAUGUGAAGAACAAAUCCACCGUCGCCCUCCACCCUCCUUACUUCCAGAUGAUCUCCGAUGCAAUAACGUCGUUGAAGGAACGCACGGGUUCAAGUCAGCCGGCGAUAGCCAAGUUUGUGGAGGAGAAGCACGGCAAAGUGCUACCUCCCAUUUUCCGAAAACUUCUCUCCGUUCAGUUGAAAAGUUUGGUGAAAUCGGAGAAGCUGUACAAGGUGAAGAACUCCUACAAACUUUCCUCUCCACAGUCUGAGAAACCCAAAACCGCUCCGAAAGAGAAGAAGGUGGCGGAGAAGACGAAGAGGCUGAGUCAGGUGAAGACACCCGAAGCUCUGAAGAAGAAGAAAGCCCCAAGCACGAAGAAAUUUGUAGCGGCGGCGGUGUCUGGAGGAGGAAAAGUGAAGUGUUUGAGUCAAGUGAAGACUCCCGAGACCAUGAAGAAAACAUCCAAAUUAACACCUGUCAAACGCAAGGGCACUCCCAAACCCUCCAACGCCAACAAGAAAGCUAGGAAAUGAAACCACUUUUUUGUGCUUGUUUAUGGCAGAUAGCAUAUUCAAAACAUUUAUAUGCAUACAAUGCUUGUAUUGUGUGUUAGAUUUUUGUUUUCUUUUUCUUAGUCUGUUUAUUUCUGUUGUCUUGCCUUAUGAUUGUUGACGAAUGCAAUGUGCUAGUUUAAUUUAA